AUGAACCCAUUCCCACAUUUACUAGAAAAAUGUCUCUUUGACACGAAACGUGUGGAAUGUGCGGCGAUGAUCGUGGCUAAAAGUGGUGAAGUAACGGCUGCGUCCGAAAACUUUUCAAUCUGUCCAGAACAAGCGGAGGUGUUCGUUGACGCUUUUGAGCACGUGAAUGUAACGAGACAGAGAGGACUUCACUUUAAAAACAAACUCUACACCUGUGUACGGGCUGAUAAACACUCAAUAUACUCCAAAUGUGAAGGACGUGGUUUGAUAUUGGUGAGAACAACACUGUUUGUGAUAGUUGCUACAUACUCACAGAACAUGUAUCCCAGUAUCUGUGUGGAAGCAGUGGAGAAACUAGCUGAGUAUCUACGCGCAAAGGAUAAAUGAGGUUCAUCAUAUCUGAAGAGAUACAGUUCUUCAUAAUUCUUGCAUUAUACACGCUGACCAUUUAAAAGAACAUUGUUUCAGAGUGAUAAUUCGCAUGUGCAUUUAUGUAAGAGCCUCAAGUCUGUUACGGACAAACAAGAAAA